GUUUUUACGGUGUAAACGGCUUGGGUAGAGCUUGGCACAGUAGAUUUAGUAAGACAUCGCAUCCGUAUAUAUGCGAACAUAACCAUGAAAGCUGUUCUUUAUAAAACUGGUGGUGCGGAGAACCUUUACCUGGGCACAGCCCCGAAGCCGACGGCAGACAAAACUCAAGUGCUAAUCCGCGUGGAAUACACGGCGCUGAAUCGAGCGGACACUCUGCAGCGACGAGGACUCUACCCAUCCCCUCCUCUGCCUCGUGGGCAGCCCGACAUUUUGGGACUUGAAGUAUCUGGUGUGAUCGAGGAAGUCGGAGGCGAAUGUGCUGGGAAAUGGAAGAAAGGAGACAAGGUUAUGGCUUUGUUACCAGGAGGAGGUUACGCAGAAUACGUUGCUGUCGAAGAGGUCCUCGUCAUGCCUGCACCUGACUCUCUUAAACUUUCUGAUGCUGCAGCCAUUCCUGAAGCAUGGCUAACAGCAUAUCAACUCCUGCACUUUCUCGGGAGAGUUGAGAGUGGUGAUGUGGUUCUUAUUCAUGCUGGAGGCAGUGGCGUUGGUACAGCACUGGUGCAGCUGUCACUUGUGGCUGGAGCACAGCCAUAUGUGACUGCAGGCUCAGAGGAAAAGAUCAAAAUGGCGGAGUCACUUGGAGCCAAGGGAGGUUUCAAUUAUAAGACAGGAGAUUUUUCCGGCUGGAUAGAAAGUGUGACUGAAGGAAAAGGGGCGAAUGUGAUUCUAGACUGCGUUGGCAGCUCUUUCUGGGAAAAGAAUAUCAAAGUCCUAGCUGUUGAUGGUCGUUGGGUAUUGUAUGGUACGCUGGGUGGAGGAAAUGUAGAGGGGAACCUUCUUGGAGGUCUGUUGGGAAAGAGAGGUUCUCUGAUAGCCACAACUCUAAAGCACAGAUCUCUUGAGUAUAAAGCAAAAUUGGUGCGAGCGUUUACAGAAAACAGCGUUCCAUUAUUUGCCACUGGAAAACUUAAGACCAUCGUGGACUCAGUCCUUCCCAUGGACCAAAUACAGCAGGCUCACGAGAAGAUGGAGUCCAAUAAGAACAUUGGAAAAAUAGUUGUUCAAAUAGCAAAGCCUUGAAGGGAUUACGGCACAUACAACCUCUGAAGAACUAUAGCAUCACAGAAAUUUGACUUGAAUAGAAUUAGAAAAUUGUAGUCAGCUUUGAACGACAAGUAGCGACGAAGGUAAAAGUAAAUUUAAAAUUAUAGUACAUGGAGGAGUUUCACAAGGAUUGAAAAGAAUUAGACUAAAUUUUCAAGUCGCGUUGAGCCCAGGUUCCACGCUUUCAGAUAGUCGAUACGAAGGAAAGCCACGAGGGUCAGCGGUAAGGGGCAUGCGCUGUCACUUUUGUUAGAACCCCGCCGUUUUUUGCAUCCACGCUCUUUUGUAAGAGAAAUGCACCAAAACUUAAGAAAAUUGUUAAUCAAGGAGAAACAUCGAUUAAAUUUUUUUUCUUUA